GGCGAGCAGGGGCCGGAGCGCCGGAGCGCGGGGGCGCCGCAGAUCUGUUCUGAGGACCAAGAUUCAUUUGGGGGAUGGUUACAGAAUUGAACCAUGAGAUCUUUUGGAGAGCAACAAAGAGAGGUUUGAACUUGGUACUUGAGCAGCUAGAGAAGAGUUGAAAGCAGCAGCUAAUGAGUGAAACAUUAUCAUUCAGAAUCAGGAUUUCUCUCUAAUCCAGCGGACAGUUCAGGAGACAGAGUUCGAGGAUGAAUGUUCACUGUGGUGGUGAGAGUGACAGGCUGUUGCGCCAGGAGGCCAGCUGCCUCAUGGAUGAAAACUCGGCUGCAGCCCAAGAAAAAGAAGCAAAUAGCCUGGUUUCUUCUGGUCUUCAAAAUCUUAGUUAUCCUCUAGGUUCCAGGAGUGAUGACCUUUCACUUGACUACACCUCCCAGCCAGCAAAUCUUCAGUUCCCUCACAUAAUGCCACUUCCUGAAGACUUCAAAGGCUCUUGCUUCCAGAGUGGGAAUAAACGGAACCAUGAACCCUUUAUUGCUCCAGAACGAUUUGGAAACAGCACUGUGGGCUUUGGCAGUGGCCUUCAUUCCCAGGCACCAGAGAAAGUGACACUUCUUGUAGAUGGCACACGUUUUGUUGUGAAUCCGCAAAUUUUCACUGCUCACCCAGAUACCAUGUUGGGAAGGAUGUUUGGACCAGGAAGAGAGUAUAACUUCACAAGGCCCAAUGAGAAGGGAGAGUAUGAGAUUGCCGAAGGAAUCAGUGCAACUGUAUUUCGAACGGUGCUGGAUUAUUACAAAACUGGUAUCAUCAAUUGUCCUGAUGGCAUCUCUAUCCCUGACCUCAGAGAUACAUGCGAUUACCUCUGCAUUAACUUUGACUUCAACACUAUCCGGUGUCAAGAUCUGAGUGCUUUACUGCAUGAACUGUCUAAUGACGGUGCUCACAAGCAGUUUGAUCACUACCUCGAAGAGCUGAUCCUGCCCAUCAUGGUGGGCUGUGCCAAGAAAGGGGAGCGAGAGUGCCACAUCGUCGUGCUCACGGAUGAGGAUUCUGUGGACUGGGAUGAAGACCACCCCCCUCCCAUGGGGGAGGAAUAUUCCCAAAUUCUUUACAGCUCCAAACUCUAUAGAUUCUUCAAAUAUAUUGAGAAUCGGGAUGUUGCUAAAACAGUAUUAAAGGAACGGGGCCUGAAAAACAUUCGCAUUGGAAUUGAAGGUUACCCCACCUGUAAAGAAAAAAUUAAGAGGCGACCUGGUGGCCGGUCUGAAGUCAUCUACAAUUAUGUACAGCGCCCCUUUAUCCAGAUGUCAUGGGAAAAGGAAGAAGGAAAGAGUCGCCAUGUAGAUUUCCAGUGUGUUCGAAGCAAAUCCCUCACUAAUCUGGUAGCUGCUGGGGAGGAUGUCUCAGAGGACCAGGAGAUACUAAUGCAUCACCCACCUCAAGUGGAUGAACUUGAUAGGCUAAAUGCCCCACUUUCUCAGAUGGCUUCUAAUGACUUUCAGGAUUAGAAUCGCUGUGGGUCCGCCCCUUUGGAGCUUUUCUCUGUCUGGGAAGCCCCCAGCCUGCCCUCCCAUGGUUUGUCUUGCCCUGAGUAGAAGACAUGCUUCUCUUCCAUCCUUCCCUUUCUCACAUAAUUAAUGUGUGUCUUCUUUUGUGCCUCUGGCGCAGGGGGUGAAAAGCAUUCACUGGUUGUUAAGCUCCUGGCUUUGCAGCAGCCCUGGUGACUUGAAAAUUUUGGUUGGGUCUGGUGCUGUUCAUUGAGUCUUUGCAGAACUGCAAAAGCAGGGAGGGAGGUCAGGACUCCUAUUGCCUCAUUCAGCAAAGCUAUCCUCAUCCUUUAUGCUCUGUUCUUGUUUUUUUUUUGUUUUUGUUUUGUUUUGUUUUAUACCAGGCAAAUUAUUUAACAGCAGAGGGACCAAAUUUAAAAAGGAGACAAUCUCUAUUACAAGCAGGCACUGAUGGGAUGCUCACUAGAUAUUAAUGAAGAUGCUGUUCCUGGUAACUUCUACACCCAGAGGGAGUCUGGGAAGAACUGGGCUGUCCUUUGUUCAUAAUGUCUAAAAGGAAAUUCUUAAGAGCUUAAAUUCAGUCUUGUUUUUCAUUAUUGCAGUGAACAAUCCAGAACUAUGUAUUUACAGGAAGGAUAAAGGCAUAAUAAUGUUUAUGAAACCUUCUUAGCAUCGAGGUUUUUGAACUUAAAUUAUUUGAAAUGAACUUAAAACUCAAGAACCGCCUUACCAAAUCAGGCCAUUUUGACUCUCCUGGAUAUCAGGAUAUUUCACUUUUUGAAACAGCCUAUCAGCUGCUCACACAGUGACUAAGAAAAUGAUACUCUAUCUCCCAAGCAAGGGUGAGUUGGAGGGACAAUGGCCUAGUAAUUUUGUUUGAUCUGCCAGCUCUGUAUUCAAGACACACAAUGCAUGUCAGCUCUGAUCCCCAGCCCCCAGGACUGAACCACCUUCCCUGUUACCUCCCUGGCUAUUAACAGUACAGCUACAUUUAAAGUCUAGAACCUGAAGUGUGUGUCUUGGGAGUAUUUCCCAUUUUGUGGAAGAAGUUGUCCUUCCAAACAUCAACCCAGAGCAUGCACUCAUCACAAAUUUCCAAGAGACACAAGUUCCUUAAGGCAGGAACAUGAUUGGUUUUCUUAAAUUCCAUCUGAGAUUCUGUUGGGCACUAAUUGAUUCCAUUUUAUGACCGUCCUAGUUACACUCCUCCAGAGGUAGAUUCAGAUGGAUGUUGAAACCAACUCCUUCAGGCUUGAAGAACAUGAGUGUUAAUAUGUGUGUUCUCUGUGUGUGUGCCCAGUAUCAGUGGAAAUCAAGCUGUUCCUACUCUGAGUAGCCAUAUGGGUUAAAUGGAGCUCUCCCCCACCACUACACCCCCCAAAUCCUCAUUACCGUUGGCAUCCAUUUGCAAGGCCAAUGACCAGGGUGUUAGAUUUUGGGUUACUUUCGUAGCCAGAGUUUAAUUUCUAUGAAACUGGCUCAUAAUUGAGGUCAAACUUGGCUUUGACCUUACUAGUACUACAAUACCCAGUAGUGGUUGGCCAGCCCAGAUAAUUAUUUGAUGGUGCUUUUAUGCUUUUCAUUUUAUUUCUAUGCCAUCUCAGAGGAAACUUGAAUGAACUGUCUGUAUAGUCUGUAUGAUAUAUAACUUGUUAUAUAGUUUAUUCACGUGUAAGUAUAAAUGUGUCACAACUAACACCUAAAACUAACUAGUCCUUGCUUAGGUAAAAAGCCAGGUAUGAAAAGUAUGGCUUGUACUUAACACUUUGUUAUAUGUAAGUGAUUCAUUUCCUUAGGCUUUCAAGAGCUAGGUGUUUUUUCCCCCCAAAUUGGGCUAAUGUGCUUUUGGCCCUAAACCAUGGGAUGUGAGCAAGCUGGAAAUCUGUGGAAAUCUGUGGCGAUAUGCUCCACGUCACCAGGUGGUGGUGCCUGAGGGAAAAGUUGGGCCUACAGGUCCCUCUGGAGGAAAAGGUGGUUUCUUCUGUACCAUGGCCCUUCUCAACCUGGAGCUCAGUAUCGUCAUCGUGUGGCUCCCCUCAGCCACAGCUGCUCUCUGGCGGGGCCAGGACAUUCCACAGUGGGAGGGCCUCAGUUCUCUCAGUAAGAAGAGCUGGGUUGUCAUUCCCUUCAGAGUCGGUCAGUGAUCAGCCAGGCAAAGGGUGUUUCCAAUGAAAGAGGAACUCAGGUUUGGUAUUUUUUUUCUAAGUGCCUAAAUAAGUAAGCCAGGCAGUUUAUACAGAAACAUUUUUGUAAGAACAUGGUUUUGCUCAGAAUAUCUUACUCAGAGGCCUGUCAACAAUUCAAGAUGAACCUGAACUUGAGGUUUAGAAUGAGUUUGCAUCAUGUUAUGUAUGGCCAACUGGGAAACAUCUACCAUUGAGAAGUUGGAGAUCCGAUAAAGAGCACUAACAUCAAGUGAGAUUACUUAGUGGUUAAGGUAUUGAAAGAGUAACAGCAAAAAGGGUAGGGAAGAAAGUAGUUGGAUUUACUGCACAAUAUGCAGCAGCUAAUACUAAAGUGCACAGUGUGAGAUCUAAGGUAUACAGGUAUAGGAGAAGCUGUGGAGUGAGCCCAGGUAGGGUGGGUGUAUUCGCAAAUAAUGUUCUUCAGUGAGUAGAAACAAUCAGAGCGCAGGCUUUCAUUCAAACUGUCAUGAAGUGUGACAUGGAGUCUAUCAGUUGUCAAUAGAAAGAUGAGAAUUUCUGUAAUUCAAUGCCACUUCUUGCCAUCAUUUUGAAAUUAUUAAAAUGGGCACGGCAGGUUCAAAAAGCAAACCUAAUGCCCUCACUGGAGAUGGAGCCACACUGACGCCCUGGGCGGGAUCACCUCUGCAGGAGGACAUUACAUUUUCUCUUAAAGGCAAAAUGUGUGUAAGUUUUGCCUCUUUACUUUGUAUUUACUUUUAAUUGCACUUGUUCACCUACCAGUGUUUACGAAAUCCUAUAUUUGGGAUGCUUUUUCUAUAAUAAAAUAUUAUCAUUUGUGUGUCCAUGUUGUUUUCUGGCA